UUUUACUGGCCAUUCCAUGAGCAUUUUCACCUAAUGAAUCAAUUUGAUGGUUUGAUUGACCGGUAAUCUGUCAAUCUGUGUAAUACUGUAAUCAGUAAUGAGUUAUUAUAAUUCAUUGAGUCUCAGUUAACCCAAGUAUAGGCUGAGUAGGUUGAGUUCAAAUGGCAUUACAGUUAAGCGAAAUUGGGAAAUGGGAGGAACUCGACUCUUCUUAUUGGUUACAAUUGCUCUUCAUCUUCUUCUUUCUUCACUUUUCUUCAUCUUCUUUCUUGUUUAUCAUCUUAUUUAUCUUCUUCUCUCUCAUUCUGUUCUCGCCAUCCUUUUUAGCCCAAUUUUCCGCAUAUUUUUGUUUCUCAGUUUUGUUUUGUUUUUGAUUGACAGACAUCGACUUGAUCUUCAUCUUCAGAUCAUCUUUGCCAUCGUCACCAUCAUCAUCAUCCAGUCACCUUUGACCCUUUUCUUUUAUUCAGUUUACUUUGAUUCACUUUGGACUAAAUUGACUGUCAAUGGUCAAAAGGAUAAACUUGUUAUUAUGCUUAUUACCAAUUUGGAUUUAGUGACCACAGAUUUGAGGAAGAGCAAUAACAGUAAUCAUAAAAGUUCAUCAAUGUCCACUGAGUCCAGAUCACCGGGAGGAACACCUCUUGUUAAUAGCAACUCUAGCAACACCAACAACACCAACAACUCUAGUAAAUCAGAUUCGUUAGCGAAUAGACCAUCAACUGAUUUUUCAAUUGAUGCAAUUAUGGGCCGAUCUAACAAUUAUUCAAUUCAACAACAGCUCAAGAUUAUGGAUUAUCAUCACUAUCAUGGUAAAGAUUUUAUAAAGCGAGACGAAGAGCAAAGUUACGAUGAAGAAGAGGAAAUUGAUGAGAAGCAUAACAGCAAGGCUAAAAGGGCACGACGGAAAAGGACACAAUUUAGUCAGGACCAAUUGGUUUAUUUGGAGGGACUUUUUUGUGUUUGUCAAUAUCUCACUGUUGCUGAGAGGAGUAAGGUGGCUAAAGAUUUAUGCUUGUCUGAAACUCAGGUUAAAACGUGGUUCCAGAAUCGACGGACCAAAUCAAAAAGACAACGAAAUACAAUCCCGGAAAGCUCGAUUCGUCAACAUCAACAUCAGCAGCACGAAUAUCAACCUUUUAGUGCCCUCAUGGUCACUCCAAGGAAUGGUUUCACAUUUCCUUCCAGUCUCAAUUGA